CACCUGAUACGGAGCCAAGUUUUUUUCUCGUUCCUCUCUUCUCCUGCUUUCUAAGUCCAGUCUCCCGGGCAGAAGAGGCACGAGAGGAAGGUGGGGAAGGAAACCACAGCCGCUUCUGGCGGGCGCUCACCCUGCCCCUUCCACCUCGCCUCGCCUCGCAAUGGAGGUUUCCAGGUGGACCCCGGCGGCCGGCCUCCUGCUCCUGUUGCUCCUCCCGCUCGCGGCCACCCCGUCACGCGCCGCCACGAUGGCGAGAUCGCCGUCGUCGUCCACUGCCGUGUUCCAGCUCCAGGGAGACGUAUACCCCACCGGCCACUACUAUGUCACGAUGAACAUUGGGAACCCAGCGAAGCCCUACUUCCUGGACGUGGACACUGGCAGCGAUCUCACCUGGCUGCAGUGCGACGCACCCUGUCGGAGUUGCAACAAGGUGCCACAUCCCUUGUAUCGACCAACGGCAAACCGCCUUGUACCGUGUGCAAACGCACUCUGCACUGCACUUCACAGCGGACAGGGCUCUAAUAACAAGUGCCCUUCACCAAAACAAUGCGACUAUCAGAUAAAGUACACCGACAGUGCAUCUUCUCAGGGUGUGCUGAUCAACGACAGCUUCUCACUGCCCAUGAGAUCCUCCAACAUUCGUCCUGGCCUCACAUUUGGCUGUGGAUAUGACCAGCAAGUGGGGAAAAAUGGCGCUGUGCAGGCAGCGAUUGACGGCAUGCUUGGGCUCGGGAGGGGAUCAGUUAGCCUUGUUUCACAGCUCAAGCAGCAAGGGAUCACCAAAAAUGUCGUCGGCCAUUGCCUAAGCACGAAUGGAGGGGGGUUCCUCUUCUUUGGGGAUGAUGUUGUGCCUUCAUCACGUGUAACUUGGGUGCCGAUGGCUCAGAGGACAUCUGGGAACUACUACUCACCUGGCUCAGGAACACUGUACUUCGAUAGACGUUCACUAGGCGUGAAGCCAAUGGAGGUGGUAUUUGACAGUGGUAGCACCUAUACUUAUUUUACUGCUCAACCAUACCAAGCUGUUGUUUCUGCGCUCAAAGGUGGUCUCAGCAAAUCACUUAAACAGGUGUCAGAUCCCACUCUGCCUCUGUGCUGGAAAGGGCAGAAAGCAUUCAAAUCUGUGUUUGACGUCAAGAAUGAAUUCAAGUCAAUGUUUCUGAGCUUUGCCAGUGCCAAGAAUGCCGCCAUGGAGAUCCCACCUGAAAACUACCUCAUUGUCACAAAAAAUGGAAAUGUGUGCCUGGGCAUUCUUGAUGGAACGGCUGCCAAGCUGAGUUUCAACGUAAUUGGAGACAUCACGAUGCAGGAUCAGAUGGUGAUCUAUGACAACGAGAAAUCGCAGCUGGGAUGGGCGCGUGGGGCAUGCACUAGGAGCGCCAAGUCUAUUCUGUCUUCCUUUCCCUGAGCUCAGUUCUAUGUACUUCUGAUAGAGUUUAAGAAAAUCACUAUAUCAAACCUCCUCGCAAUGCAUGAAUUUCCUAACUGAAGAGGGAGGGAGAGAGAGAGAGAGAAUGUUCCUGUUUAUGUAGAGAUGGAGUCCAAAAUUUGUGUGCCUGAUGAGUUCUUCCCCAUAUGAUAUUAACUGAAAUAGUAUAUCAAUUGAAUGUAUUACAUUUUAAGUUUUAA